AUGCAGGAUAUCUACGUGCAAAAGGAGGCCGAUGCCCGCUUGGAGGAACCUCCACGAUCUUUGAUGUACAUUAAUGAGCCAUACAUCCACCAUCACUACGCAAGACAUGGUGACAGCCUUUACGAUCCCGAUGACAAGUUGUCUCAACCGCCAAUGGCCAAACACAAGGGUCGCCGCCUUUGCUUUGUCGCCGGCGUAAAGAGUUCGGGGCCGGACAAUUCGCACCUGGUUGAACUCGAAAUCUCUCAAGGGGACCAGCGCCAACCGAAGAGCUGUCAGGCCAUGUUUACGCACGAUUUCUUCGUUGACUCGUUCGCAGACGUCUUGGACGAGUUGGAGAGGCUAGAACAGUACAGUGUUAUCAUUGUCAUGGAUAAUGUCAAGUACCAUCGUGGACGAGCAAAUGGAACACCUAACGGAUCGAUAAAGAAAACGGUUAUGCUGAACGAAUGCAGGACGUUGGGCCUGGACGUGCCGAACGCGUCAAAGCCUGUGAUUUGGAACGCGCUGAUGACUUACAUUGACAAAUAA